AUUAUUUUACACAGAUAUACAUACAAGAAACUCCAUUUUCAUUUCAUUUCCAUUUUUCUCAUCUCCUUCCAACUACUUCAGAAAAAAUAAUUAAAUAAAAAAACAUCUUCGAAAUCUGUACUCUCACGCCGCCGUUGAUUCCCCAAAACACACACACACGACACACAUCCUUCAUUGUUCUCUAAACAUCAUCAACAACAAAUCCUGUCAAAAAAAAAGUUGUCAUAUUUUCCCCCAAAUUUUCAAGAUCCUUAAUUUUUUUUAUUUUUUAUCAUUUUCAUAAUCAUUCAUGAAGAAAUUAAGAAGCUUUUACAUGCAUAUGAAACACCCACAUACCAUAAAACGAAAAUGGAUCUACCCAUUAGCAGUCGGGUCAACCCUUUCUUUAUUUCUCAUUUUUUUCAUAACCAUAACUUCAAACCCACUUUCUGGAUACUACCCAGGUUCCGGGUCGUCCGUUUUUGUCGAAGAUAAGCUUCACCCAACCCGCCCGGAUCCAAUUACCCGACCCGUUCGGUUCGCUUACUUGAUAUCCGGGUCAAAUCAUGAUGGGGUAAUGUUAAAACGAACUUUACUUGCUUUAUAUCAUCCUAAUAAUCGUUAUGUUGUUCAUUUAGAUGCCGAAUCUUCGCCCGAAGAACGAAUGUUGUUAAAUGAAUUUGUUACCACUCACCCGGUUUUUGUGGAAUUUGGUAAUGUGGUUAUGAUCACUAAGGCUAAUUUAGUGACGUAUCGUGGGCCCACUAUGGUUGCGAAUACGCUGCACGCGGCUGCGAUUUUGUUAAAGAAUGGAUUGGAUUGGGAUUGGUUUAUUAAUCUUAGUGCUUCGGAUUAUCCGCUUGUUACGCAAGAUGAUCUGUUUCAUACGUUUAAUUCGUUACCGAGGGAUCUUAACUUUAUUGAUCAUACAAGUAAUAUUGGAUGGAAAGAGUUUCAAAGAGCAAAGCCUGUGAUUGUUGAUCCGGGAUUGUAUAUGACGGAAAAAACGGAUGUGUUUUGGAUCACACAGAGACGAAGUGUACCGACGGCCUUCAAAUUAUUUACAGGAUCUGCGUGGAUGGUUUUAUCUCGCCCAUUCAUCGACUUCUGUAUAUGGGGCUGGGACAAUUUACCUCGAACGGUCCUUAUGUAUUAUGCAAAUUUUAUCUCCUCUCCUGAAGGCUAUUUUCAUACUGUAUUAUGUAACGCAAAAGAAUUCCGCAAUACUACUGUCAACAGUGAUCUGCACUUCAUCGCAUGGGACAACCCUCCAAAGCAGCAUCCUCACUACCUUACCUUAGCUGACAUGCAAAGAAUGGUUGACAGCAACGCACCGUUCGCAAGAAAGUUCCACCAAGAUGAACCUGUGCUAGACAAGAUUGACUCAGAAUUACUGUUCAGAGGCCCAGAUAUGAUUGUUCCUGGUGGAUGGUGCAUUGGUAGUCGUGAAAAUGGUUCAGAUCCUUGUUCAGUAGUUGGAAAUUUAACACUCCUUAACCCCACUUCCGGGGCAACAAGGUUAGGAAAUCUUGUAAAGUCUCUUUUGUCAGAGGAGAGUUUCAGGCCAAGACAAUGCAGAUGACAGGUGGUGAAUAUUGAUCGGCUGUAAUUAGUUCGUGUGCGGAAAAACGACCAUCACCAAGUGGCUUAUCUAAUUUUGCGACUUGUGGCAGGCGUUAGACUCGAUCGAAACAUUAUGCUGCUGAAGAAAGCAAGGUAAUGGAAUGGAAAUAAUUUUUUGUUAAAUGUGGGUUUUUGUUGUAGUAACCUGUGACUGAGCCAAUUCUUUUUAGAACCCUAUUCACCAAUUUUUAUAGCUUUAUUAAAGGGGUUUGGGUGGUGGUGGUGGACUGCUGGUGGUGGUGGAGAUCAAGAAUGGAUGUCUGUAUUGAUUAGUCCUUGAAAAAAAAAAAACACUCCAUUUAACCUGCACAAGAAACAUGAUGUAAAAUAUAUCACAAGUUCAAAACUUUUUCUUUUUC